CCGUUAGAGAUGUCAAUAAACGUUUAUGCUCCUUUCACUUGUGCUUCUCUACGACAAUAAUACCUCCUCCUCUUUCUCCUCCAAGAUAGGAGGAAUUCAAUAUUUUUCUUCAUUUUCUCCGGUUGACCUCCUAAAUUAUCUCUGUUCUGGAAGGAAAUUGGAUUUCAUCCAUGGCCACGGUUGAUGAUUCGAGUAGCGAUCUGUCGAUUAUGAUCGACGAAAUGUAUGAAUUCUCUGCUCCUCGCUUCUUCGAUUUCGUCAAUGGCGAGUCCGAGGAGGAUAAGUGCCAAGCUGAACUAUGGUUCGACACCGCUCUCACCUAUGCCCCUUCACCUUGUAUGCCCAAAAUCAAGACUGCUAGAUCGAUUAAGGUUGAUAGCUUAUUGUGCGAUUUCAACCAAGCAGAAGAAAUGCAGAAGAAUUCAGAGCAAUCCGGUACAAAUUCGGUCGAUACCGUUGACCCAACCACAUCUCAAACUGUAAUCGUGGCUUGCGAAACUAACAAAGAGUUGAAUCCUAGCGAACUCAGAGAAGAAAAGGCGUCCACCCAAAACGAAGCAACUGAAAAGGCUGAAAAACUAGACAUUCCUCGUGAAGAUGGAAGGUCUCCAAAUGGUGGAAUCGAACUAAGAGAUACUGAACAAAAUGAUGUUUGUACUCCACUUCCAACUUUGAGUACUUGCAAGGGUGAACAACGAACUAAAGGCGCCACUUCUAAGAAGCACGAGGCAGCAAGAAAGAUUGCCAGUAUGGUAAAGAACCCAUCGGCUCUGAAAGCCAGAAGUCAGUUGAAGUUAUCCCAAAUAAAAAACGUUAAACCAAAUAGUGUAAAGAGGGAAACUAACGUGAAAAAUACAUGUGGAACUUCGUCUUUAGCUCAAGAGAAUCAGGCAAUUAAACGGCAAAAGUUGGAUGGUGGUCUAUCUAGACAGAUUCUCAAUGUCAAACCCCAUAAUUUGCCCCACAAGUCAAAAGGUGGCGCCUCUAGCUUGUGUUCUUCGGUUGCUGACAAAUCUAAGAAAGAAGAUAGGAAGAUUUAUGUUCGAGAGCCUGCACCAUUUGUUUCAAUGGCUGAAAUGAUGAGGAAGUUCCAGUCAAGUACCAGAGGUUUAUCAUUGCCUCAUGUCAACAACGCUCGUUCUAAUGAUGCAGGAAGUUUUACACAAAUGAAGCCCAAGCUAACUUUGACUAGGCCAAAGGAUCCUGAAUUUGAAACGGCGCAAAGAGUUCGUUCUACCAAGGUGAAGAGUUCCGCUGAGCUAGAGGAGGAGAUGAUGGCCAAAAUUCCAAAGUUCAAAGCUAGACCACUAAACAAAAAGAUCUUGGAAGCUCCCAAAUUACCUGUAGUACCGAGGACUACACCCCAGACUCCUGAAUUCCAGGAAUUUCACCUUGAGACAAUGGCUAGAGCGAACCAACAUUCCGACUCAGCUUCAGUAAUCUCUACAGAAUCGUCUCGUCAGAAUAAUCAAUGGAAAUCUUAUCUUACCGAACCAAAGACCCCUGUUCUGCACACAUCACUAAGGGCUCGUCCACCGCGGGCGAAGAGUUUCCUUGAAAUUGAGCAGGAGGCACUGGAGAAAAUUCCCAAGUUUAAAGCAAGGCCAUUAGAUAAAAAGAUAUUUGAAAGUAAGGGAGAGUUGGGGGUGUUCUGUAACUUGAAAAAACAUGUAACUAAACCGCAAGAAUUUCAUUUUGCUACAAAUGAGAGAAUUCCUCCGCCACCAACUGUUGUUGCUGAUCUGUUCGACAAGCUCUCAAUAAGUUCGGAAACUCGCAGCGAGAAUCCAUUGCCAAGAAACACUAAGCCAAACCCCUUUCAUCUUUACACAGAGGAAAGAGGGGCAGAGAAAGAAAGAAAAUUCUUCAUGGGACUUGUGCACAAGCAAUUGGAAGAGGAAAGAGCCGCCAUUCCAAGGGCUAAGCCAUACCCAUAUACCACCGAUUAUCCCGUGAUGCCACCGAAACCAGAGCCCAAGCAGUGCACCAAACCUGAACCUUUCCAGCUGGAAAGUCUGGUGAGGCAUGAGGAAGAAAUGGAAAGGGAAAUGGAAGAAAGAAGGAAAAUAGAGGAAGAAGAGGCCAGAAUGAGAAAUUUCAAGGCUCAACCGGUUCUAAAGGAGGACCCAAUUCCACUACCAGAGAAAUCACGUAAACCCCUCACACAAAUUCAAAAAUUCAAUCUUCAUGUUGAUAAUCGGGCUGUGGAUAGGGCAGAGUUUGACGAAAAGGUCAAGGAGAAAGAGAUGAUGUAUAAGAGAUACAGAGAAGAGAGCGACGCAGCAAGAAUGGUGGAGGAAGAGAAAGCAUUGAAACAACUGAGAAGAACAUUGGUUCACCAUGCUCGACCAGUGCCCAAAUUCGACCAUCCAUUUCACCCACAAAGGAGUGUUAAGGAAACAACAAAGGCCAAGUCGCCAAACUUGCGUGUCCUUCAGAGAAGAAAGGAGAGGCAAACUUUGAUUAAAGUUGCAAUGUCCAGCCCCGCAGCUCAUUUAAGGUGAUUGAAUCCCACAAGAGAGGGCCGGACACGAACCGACCAAUGUGUAUGUUCAAGAACUCUUGAACCCCCUCAAUGGCUGCAUGAAUGAGAUUCAGUUUAUUAGUGUACCAAUGUUCUAUUCUUUUAGUGGCACCAUGUAAAGAAGAAUUAACUUAGGGUAUUAGAGGGAUGGGGGAGGACACAAGCUCCUCCCAGCAAAACCUGAUGGUUUGUAAAAUGUGGAUGAAAUUUUAUGAGUACCUGGCCCCGCCCUUUUUUAUUUUUUCA